CAGCUCUCAGAUCUCCACUGAACAAACGCAGAAGAAGUUACAGAAAAAAAGAGCCAUGUCAACACUGGUCACAGAUGAAGGAGGCUUUGUUAUCAUCUCACAAACAAGGCCUCAAAAUUCGGAGAAUUUACCGGAAGAAGGGCAGUCCUCUCAAGCCCCAGCCAGAAUGCCGAAACCAUUGGACACAUUUUACCGCGGAGAACCUGAAGUUCUUGGAACUGUUCAAAUAUUUGUAGGAAUCAUUUUUAUCACAUUUGGUGCCACCUUUACCAUUAUAUGUGAGAUAGAAGCAUGUUAUUUCAUGGAAGGCGUUAUGUACACCGGAGUGCUCCUGUGGUCUGGUGCAUUGUUUGUUGUUUCUGGAUCACUUUUACUGUCUGCCGCCAUCAAACCCACAGUGGGGAAGGUGAGGUCAAGUUUGGUGAUGAACAUUAUCAGUAUUGCUGCAUCUUGCAUUACAAUAAUUAUAAUUGCAACAGUUUUUCCUACACCAGUCUAUUAUCCAACUUCCCAUCUGUAUUGUGCAUAUUAUAAACAAAGUACGGAAUGCAUAGGAUCAUUGAACUACCAGGCAAGCUUGGGUGGUACCAUGAUGUUUUUAUUUCUACUUACCAUACUAAUGCUUUGCAUCACCAUAUCCACAUCCGUGUUUGGGUGUAGAACCGCUUGCCGAUCAGCUUACAAUGAAAUGAAUGUGAUCAUCUAUCAAACUAUGUCUUUGAAGGCACCAGUUACAACCACAGAGGCGUCUCUAACCUCCACAACUCUGCUGGACUCCUGACCAGGACUUGAAGGCGGCCAUGGGUUAUACUACACAUCACAGACAUCCGAUGCAAGAAUACAGUAUACGUAUGAAAUAUAGUCAUUAUCUGACUGACAUACAGUAUAUGUUACAGGACUCCUCUUUUAUUGGAAAUGCACAAACAUCAUAAAUAUAUGUAGUGUUCAAUAGAUAAGAUAUUGUACUGUAGUAGAAAUAUAUACUCUAUUGGGGAAAUUGAUCAACAGCUUAAGACUU